GGCUCCGAUUCUGCCGCCGAAUUUCUUAUCCUCUUCUUUGUUUGCUGUUUAUGUUCUCCAUGAACUUACUGGAGAAGAUCAAAUUGCAGAAGAAGGAGCCAGAUAAAGCGCCGCCGCCGCCUCCGCCGCCUGAGGUGCCCGUGUACUGGAUUGAAACCUCUGAAGCAGUCUCAUACCGCUGUGAAUUUGAACCCCAGGGUCAUCUCUCUGUUAAGAUUCUUGAUGACUCGAGGCCAGUAGUUCGUAGGGUUGCAGAUUCGUUUGUUAAUAAGUUUUUCCCUUCAGGAUAUCCAUACAGUGUCAAUGAGGGAUAUCUCAGGUACACACAGUUUCGGGCACUGCAACACUUCACCAGUGCAGCGCUGUCAGUGCUUUCAACUCAGUCACUCUUGUUUGCUGCAGGCUUGCGACCUACUCCUGCACAAGCAACUGUUGUUAGUUGGGUCCUGAAGGAUGGGAUGCAGCACAUGGGUAAGCUCAUAUGUAGUAAUUUGGGUGCAAGAAUGGAUUCCGAGCCUAAGCGCUGGAGAAUUUUGGCUGACGUACUCUAUGACUUGGGCACUGGCUUAGAAGUUCUUUCUCCUUUAUGUCCACAACUUUUUCUUCAAGUUGCAGGCCUAGGCAAUUUUGCAAAGGGGAUGGCAGUUGUUGCAGCAAGAGCAACGAGAUUACCAAUUUAUUCUUCCUUUGCCAAAGAAGGCAAUCUUAGUGACCUGUUUGCCAAAGGGGAGGCAAUCUCAACUGUGUUCAAUGUUCUUGGAAUAGGGUUAGGGAUCCAGUUAGCAUCUACUAUUUGUUCAUCAAUUCAAGGAAAGAUGGUUGUUGGGCCUCUUUUAUCAGUUGUACAUGUAUACUGUGUCAUUGAAGAAAUGCGGGCAACUCCUGUGAACACACUUAAUCCUCAGAGGACUGCAAUGCUUGUGGCUGAUUUCAUCAAGACAGGAAAAGUAUCAAGCCCAGCUGACCUGAGGUAUAAAGAAGAUCUUCUCUUUCCUGGGAGACUCAUAGAAGAUGCUGGCAAUGUAAAAGUGGGGAAGUCUUUCCGCAAGGUGUUUAAGCCUUCAAAACUUGAUGAAUUAAAACAAAUAUUCCCAGACGAGAAGUUUCUUCUUAAUCCUGGAAAGAAAUCAGUUGACAUGGUAUUGGAGCACAGUGCUACUGGUGAAGAUGCCUUGAGGGGGUGGCUUGUUGCCGGAUAUGCAGCUGACAUGGAGAAGUCUUUUCAUGUUCCAACUUCAACUGCACUCGAAGAGGCUUAUGAGAAGAUGAAUGAUGUAUUUGGUCCAUUUAUUUCUGAACUUCAGGCCAAGGGGUGGCACACUGAUCGUUUUCUCGAUGGAACAGGAAGUCGUUUUGCUUGGUAGUUAUGUAAGCGCUAUGAUUCUUCAAGAUAUAGAAUUUCAUUGAUACAGGUAGGAUAAAAAAACAGGAACUCGUAGGCAAUUGUUCAGAGAAUCAGAAGACUUCUGUAACUUGUGUCAUUUU